GGCACAUUUUCACUUUUCGCCGACGACACUCGACGCCCGUCCGCUUAUAUACCAAGAUAGUCGCUUCCUGGCUGCGGGUCGACUUCACGCACUUUCAACCUACGAGCGACUCAGUCGUCCAAAAUUCGCACGCCGUCGCACCACACCACCCCGACGACACGAUACAUCCCCGCGAGACCGACGUCACCAUGGCUGAUAGCUGGGAGCAAGAAGAGGAGCGCCUCGCGCAGCAGGCGCAGGGCAUGAACCUCAACAACACGCCCACUUUCACACCAGGCGCCCAGACAUUCACGCCCGGCGCCAGCACAUUCGUCCCCGGCCAAGCCUACGGAGGCUACCAGGGCUACAACCAGUACGGCCAGCAACAAUAUGGCGGUUACAACCAAUACGGUAGUCAGCAAUAUGGUGGCUACCAACAGCAGCAAGGCUACCCGCAAUACGGCCAGCAAUACGGCGGUCAGCAAGGAGGAUACCCCAACUACGGACAACAAUACCCCCAGCAGCAGAACUUCCAGGCCCAGCAGGCGCAGCAAGGCCAGGCUCCUGUACGGAUAGCAAAGCGAGGCGACACCGAUAUGGCUGGUUCAGAGGGUGCGGCACCCGCCGAGGCCAAGAAGGAGGCGCCCAAGGCAAAGGUUCUCUCGAUUGGUGGCGACAGCGCACCUAAGGCAAAAGUCUUGUCUAUCGGAGGCGACACCACAACACCAAAGGUUGAGAAGGCAGGCGGCACCAAGGUCCUGAGCCUGGGCACACCCGCCGCUCCAUCGGCCGCAAAAGAGAAGGCAGACAAGGAGAAGGGCACUGCUGAGGCCGGAACCAAGGUCACCGCUGCGAAGGCCAUCGAGAAGACUGGAGAGCCCACUCCGGCAUCUGGAGGCUCUGGCAGGACCUCGCCAACACCUUCAUCUGGCCGCAACAGCCCGACACCGAAGGAGAAGGCUGCGGAGAAGGCCAAGGCACAGGACGUCGAGAAGGAAAUGGACGAAGUUGUAGAUGAGGCCACCCUUGCCGAGAUUUACGGAAAGGAGCACGUCAACAUCAUCUUCUUGGGCCACGUUGACGCAGGAAAGUCCACUCUCGGCGGAAGCAUUCUCAUCUCGACUGGCAUGGUGGACGAGCGAACACUUGACAAGUACAAGAAGGAAGCCAAGGACGCUGGUCGUGAAACAUGGUACAUCUCGUGGGCACUUGACUUGAACAAGGAGGAGCGACAGCAGGGUAAGACUAUCGAGGUUGGCCGAGGUUUCUUCGAGACGGAGAAGCGACGAUACUCUAUCCUGGACGCACCCGGCCACAAGACAUACGUGCCGAACAUGAUCAGUGGCGCCUCACAAGCAGAUGUGGGUAUUCUUGUCAUCUCUGGACGUAAGGGAGAAUACGAGACCGGUUUCGAGAAGGGUGGACAAACCCGAGAGCACGCCAUGUUGGCCAAGACACAGGGUGUCAACAAGAUUCUCAUCGUCGUCAACAAGAUGGAUGACCCUACUGUUGAGUGGUCAGAGGACCGUUUCAAGGAGUGCACCAACAAGGUGGUCAUGUUCUUGAAGGGUCUCGGGUACAACCCAAAGACAGACAUCAGCAUGAUGCCGGUCAGCGCGCAAACAUUCACAGGUAUCAAGACCCGUGUGCCCAAGGACCUGGCUCCCUGGUACGACGGCCCAUCUCUGCUCGAAUACCUAGACAACAUGCAAGCGCUCGAGCGUAAGCUCAACGCGCCUUUCAUGAUGCCCAUCGCCGCCAAGUACAAGGACAUGGGUACCAUGAUUGAGGGCAAGAUCGAGUCCGGUAUCAUCAAGAAGGAACAGAAGUACCUCAUGAUGCCCAACCGACAAACCAUUCACAUCUCCGCUUUGUACGGUGAACAAGAAGAGGAAAUCCCAGGCGCGACCUGCGGUGACCAAAUCCGUGUGCGACUCCGUGGUGUAGAAGAAGAAGACAUUCUGCCUGGAUACGUUCUGUGCUCACCAAAGCGUCCUGUCCACUGCGUCUCCCAGUUCGAGGCCCAGGUCGUGCUGCUCGACAUCAAGUCUAUCCUGACAGCGGGAUUCAACUGCGUGCUCCACGUCCAUGCCGCACAGGAAGAGGUUACCAUCACCGCCCUAUUGCACAAGUUGGAGAAGGGCACUGGACGGAAAUCGAAGAAGGCACCAGGAUUCGCUACUAAGGGCAUGAGCAUCAUCGCGCGCUUGCAAAUCACUGGUACAGCCGGAAACAUCUGUGUCGAGCGAUUCGAAGACUACCCGCAGCUGGGACGUUUCACCCUCCGUGACCAGGGUCAGACGAUCGCUAUCGGCAAGAUCACUAAGCUCAUCACGGACGAGGCUUAGAUGGUCGAUUGAUUCAAGCAUGGUCAUCCCACGAGGAGGAAGAGGGGGAGCAGGAUAUCCGUAUUGAUAAAAAGCUGUUGCCAUUAAGGCAACAUAGCCUGAGGUUCCACGGCGUUUGGACGUAAGGCUAGCAUAGACCGAACAUCCGAACAAUACGAUCACGAAUAUUCUUCCG